ACCACCACACGAGCGGGACACGGGAACUAUCGCCUCAGCCUGGUCGCAGCGGAGGUGUGCCGAGUGAAAGCGAAAGGAUAAAGCGUGUGUUCGAGGGCGUAUUGGGAAAGAUUAUAAGUUUGCCACAAAAAAUAUAUAAGUAGAUGUGCUGUGAAGAGUAAAAUAAAGAGAAAGAGAGAAAGCCAACACUUAAGAGAUCAGAAGUGGUGUUCAAAAUCUUUUAUCUCAUACGUGGAAUACCUCAGAAAGAAAAUACCACCAUAAUGUCAAGUGAACUUUAAUACCCUUUAUUUAAAUGUUGGGUUGUGAAGCUAACGGAACCACCCGCCUUUAAAAAAAAAAAAAAUAACCCCCCAACCAAGCUAUAAAUCUCCGACAAACCUUCCCAACACCACCAUGGGCGUGAGAAGAUCGUGGGCGUCGAGGGGCGGGUGGACGACGUUCCUAGUCCUCCUGGUCGUGGGCGCACCUGCCUCGAGGGCGCUGAGCAGGAGGUCGGCAGCAGCUGACCCCACGCCCGUCGCCAAGCCCAACCUCGCCGCCCUCAGCGGACUGGGCGGCCUCAGCGCGCUAGCAGGUGCAAGCGGCGGCAGUGGCGGCAGCAGCUCUUGCAGUAACCAGGACCUUCUCACAAACCUCCUGGUGUAUCAGUAUCUAUCCGGUUCCAUCCCUGGCGGUUCGUCUCCCGGUUCUAACCCUGAAUUGAGGGCGCUUCUGGGUUCGGCACCUGCAACGACGACUGUGACCUCGGUGUCGACCUCGCUCACGACCCUCGUAGUCGAAGUGGAGCCGACGACCCAGUUCACGACCUCGACGACCUCUUACGUCACCACGCUGACCUCGACCGAAACCAAGGUCAUCCCGGUCAUCUUCCGAGGCUCGAAGAUUACAACGACCGUCAGCGAAUCUUCGGAGGAGGUCAUCACGGCAACCGAGUACUUCACCGAGUCGUCCGUGUUCACGCCGUCCAUCGUCCAGACGCUGCCGGUGCACAUCACGGUCACGGCCACCAGCACCCGGGGCUUGAAUGGCCAGUUCACCUUGGCCAACCUGACCCCUGGGCCGACCUCGGUCAUCCAUCAGCCGAUCUCCACCGCCACGCUCGACCUUGACUCUACGGGACUCGACCUGGCGAACCUCGACCUCUCGCAGCUGGACAUUUCUAGUCUCGUUGGCGGCGGCAUCGGGGCUGACCAGGAUGGCAACCAGAUGCUGUCCGUCCUGUCGUCUCUCCUGCAGCAGCACGACGACGCAGGGGCAGCCGCGUCCUCUGGUCUGGCUCCAAGCAGCUUGAGCGACAGGAGGAAGCAAAGCGGGGCCUUCAGAAGCAACAGAUUCAGCAGCAGUGGCACCAGCAGCUUCCAAGACGACUACGUGGACUACGAGGAGCCCGUUGACGACACGCCCAAGUUCAACGUGCUGCGAGGCUUCACCCUGAGCGACCGCGUGGCCAGCUCCUCGUCGGGCGGCGGCACCGGAAGGGCCGCCACGGACACGCGCUACAGCAAGUUCCAGCGCAAGGACCGCGUCACCAACAACGGCAUCGCGACGACCGAAUCCAGCGCGAGCGACCGCGAGAGCGAGCCGUUCCAAGCCUCGACGAGGCGCCAGUCCUUCUCCAGAGCGUCUGGGAAUCGUCGAACAACAAACGGAGGACAGAGAAGAAGCCGAGCGCCGAGCACCAGGUUCGUACCGGCGACUGAAUCCCAGUACUUCGAGGAAGAAGUCAAGUUCCGCCCGUUCGGCGCACGAAGGGACCGGGAGACCACGUCUACGCGGCGUCGCAGCGGCCGCCUGGACGACCCGAGGCAGCAGCCCGCGCGCGGCACAUCCGCCUCCAAACCCACGCCGAGUAACGUGCGAACCACAGUCCUCACCAUGUAUCUCAGCGGCUCCGAACCCGGGGAGUUCCACACUUCUCUCCGCACCGUCACUUUGCGGUCCCUCCAGUCCACUCGCAACCGCCGAGACGUGCACCACCAGUCGACCACCAAGAUCCUCCCAACCGCCACGGAAACGCCAGCCGCGGCAGGAUACACGAAAGCCCUUGAGCUGCCCAAAGCCGCGGACCCAAAGGAAAUAGUCCAGGUCCUGAAGUCCUUAGACUCAUCCCAGGUCAAACAGAUGCUGAAAUCGUUGCAGAAAUGGGUGGACUUCUACAGCCACGAAGUCCUCGACGAAGCCCACAACAACAUCGUUCCGGAGCUGACGUCGUCCCUCAGCCUCGAGUCCUCAGGCGUGGAGAACGAGGCCACGACAGAACUCAACCUGACUCCCACAGCCGUCACGGGUUCCCCUUCAGCCACGAACAACCUGUGCCACGCGCCCCCGACAGUCACUCACACCGUCUACCGCACGAUGGUGGUCACGACGACGGUCUCGGAAGUCUGAGGAACUUAGGCUGACCUGAGACGUCCAAAACGAACCUGUCAGGAUGUGGCGACGUCCCCUCAAGUCCCUCCUGGAGAGCGGCAGGCGGGGGACCCCAAAAGCCCGGUGGUAUUUAUGAGUGCGAAAUCCAGCCGAGGUUGGCAUACCAAUCUUGGCUGGUAUGCCGGUGCUGUAUAUAGCUGUACUGUAUGAAUCUCUAGCCUGUACAUAGCAUGUGCGUGUUCUCGUGUGGUCGUUGUGUGCGAGUGAGAGACCCACCCAGCUCAAAGUAAUCCAAAUGCCUCAAGGACGUCAAGGAACACAGGGCCCGCGCCAAAGACCAGCGGCUCCGCGUGUCAUGACAAACGUUUAGUGUUAAGUGUUAUCCCUCUCACGUAGGUCUAGUUCACGAAGCUCUUCCGGUGGUCACGUGUCACCCCCUUUCCCUGUUGGCCUCUCGUAAGGAACUGAAACAGAAAGAAGUGAUUUAAAAACCAGAGGAGCCGUGACGCCAGCAAGGUACUGAAUUUCAUAGGAGUCAUGUUUUGUCCAAGUUACGAGGAAAUGCGAAUUAGAGGCAUCACGGGUAUUGCUGGGCGUCCGAAAAGGGAAUCAUCUGGAAAAAAAAGAAAUCAGUGAUUCGGCAACAAGCAGAUUCGUAAACCUUCCCCGAACAGAAAAAAAAUAAAAGUUUUCAAUAGUUACAAUUUCCGUUUUGAAUGAUUCAAAUUACUGAACGAAAGUCGUUUUACGUAUCGAACAAAAUUGCUCUGUAACAAAAACAUGAUUGCAUCGGUUCAGUGACUAUGCUGUAGACUUAUCGAAGUUAGAAGCAACGUUGAUUUCCAGCCAGUGCUCUUCCAAUGCUAUGUUGGAAAAGGUUCAAUAUUGGUAUGUAUCAUAUCAGGUCACUUUCGGAAAUAAAACUAAUUGUCAUAUAUAUUUUCUUAGUCAAUAUGUAUAUCAUUAAUAUUGGAAUGAUAUCUCAGGAGAGUUUUAAGUAGUACCUUUUUUCUGUAGAGAAUAUUCACCUACAAAAACGUUCAUAAAAAAUAGACUGAAAAAUUAUAAAAAUGUUAAUCAGAUGUCAUAUUUCACUUCAAAAUAUUUUUUUUUUUGCCAGCAGUAUUUCCUCAGAUAUCAUUUCCUUCGAUUGUUAUUCAUAAACCAAUGUAUUCUCGAGUGUAUUCAGUAUUGUAUGUCUUGUUAAUUCUGUAGAGUCUAUAAUAUUUAGCCAACUUGAACCGUGUGUCCGUUUAGAGACAUUUCUUUUUUAUAUACAAUUAUUAUUUUUCUCAUUUAUUAUCAUAUUGCUCCGAGGGGCAUUUUUUACGAAAGGUUUGAUCAUUUGGAGUUUGCAGUAGUAAAUCUUGCAAUUUUGUAAGUAUUAUGUUAUUGGUUUCAAAGAGAUGGACUUAGGUAUUUUCACUGAUUAUGCUACUUCACCAAAGCUGAUGCCAGGACUUUAAGCUUUGUAUAUGAUAUUGCUUUGAUGGAGUGAAUCUAUUUCUGCAACCAAAUAAUAAAGUUAGAUUUUUUUUUUUCAAUUUUUUCAUAGAUUACUCGAAGGAAAUUCCUAAUCGACAAUGUAAGAUAUAUGUAUAAAGUUGAUUAUCGAAAUUCAGGAAAAGUUUGAGAUAAAAAAAAGUAGUUGUAGAGACCUUAGUGGUUCUAAAAGAGAAAAAAGAAAAUUAUGUGGAAUGUGUUAUUCAUUGAUACUGUGUCACACUAUUGAUUAGGAAAUUGAAACAAUCUUGUAUCCGAAUGUGUUAAAAAUCCCUGCACUGGGCGUGUGUUAAAUUACUUAUAGAUUUAAGGUCUAUUUCUUUUCAGAGAGCACGACGAAAAAAAAAA